CCGACCAAGGGGCAGGAGCCUUCCGGGGCGCGGCGGCCGCUGGGAAGCGAUGGUGGUGUUCACCCUCAUGGCGACCAUCGACUCCGUCACUCUCCUGGCCGCCAUGACCGGGCUGCUGCUCUCAGCCUGCGGGUCGCUGAAGAGCAUCGCCGACCUGGAGCAUGACAUUGUAAAUUCGUCCGACUUCCUGCAGAACAUGGGCCGAGCGCUGAUGGCUGAGUACGGCUUUCUCGUCCUCAACUUCGUGGCGUGCUUGCCCUUUCUGGGCAAUUGGUGGAUGGUUUAUAUACAGUAUGCUUGGAUUGUCAUCAAGGCCCUCCGGUUUGCCAAGAAGGAUCACGUGCUCGACGAGAAGGAGGUAUACAAGAAGGAGGUUUACAAUUAUCACCGAAAGUGGCACAUGGCGGGACUCUUUCUGUACCUCCCUUGCUGGUUUCGCGGCGGCGGAUGUACUUUGCGCGCGCCAUAA